AUAUCAAAAUAAAUAAAUAAAUACAAAAAACCAGAGGCCUAUUCUUCUUCUUCCUUCUUAGGUUCCUGCUUUGCCACCCCACAACCAUAUCUCUCGCUAUCUUUAAAAGAAAAUCGAAAAAGGGGGUUAAAUUUAGCAUUUAGUCCUUGAAUUUCCAUUUUCCUUUUUGAAACAGCCCUUUGUUUCACUUCAAGAGGAACUGAGAACUCAGAAUUCUGAAGAACCCAUUUUGGAGAUAUAAUUUUCUUUUUUCUUUUUGCUCUUUUUUUCGGGUGAAAAUAGUAUCUUCUUCCACGGAACAGACAAGAAACUAAUACCCCAUUUAUCUAUUUUGUCAGUAUGGAUAAGCUUGAUUUGCUUUAAGAAGCAGCAUCGGUUUCUUCAACGGAUCCUCCUCCCAAGUAAAUUCUCCUUUUAAUUCAUUUAGGGGAGAACAUUGUACUGAAGAAUUAGGAGUUUUUUGAGGUGGUAAGAGUAAUGUUGUCUAAAAAUGAUCCAAUUGAAUCGAUUUCGAAUUCGAUUCAAUUUGUAAAAGAAGCAUUUUUACCUCUUGAAUUGGGUAUUAAGAAAGCUGCAAAAGAUGUCGAAAGUUGUUUCGGGGUGUCGAAUGAUAAAGGAAAGCUUGUUGAAUUGGUUCCUCAAUUGAAUGUUAGUGAUAGGAAUGAUAAGGUUCAAAUAUUUGGUAUGAAGAAGAGUAAUGGUAAUUUUGGUAGUAUUCUUAAUAAUGGGCAAUGUUGUCUUGGUAGUGAAGAGAGAAAGAAAGGGACGUCUGUUAAAGUUCCGAUCAAGGCUUUUAUAGGAAUGUUUUCGCCGGGAAAUGGCAAGAACAACGAGAAGGUUGAGGCGGUUAGGAAAGGAUUGAAAGAAAAGGAUGUGGAUAGAGAUGAAGGGUCUUGUAUGAAUUGCUUUCAGUUUUCUGCUACUUGGUCAGUGUUGGUUAAUGGUUUUGUUCAGGCUAUACCAAGCUCGUUUAACACGGGUAGGAAAAGAAUUCAGAAAAUGGGUGACAAAGAUAAAGGGUGUCGACAUUCAAGUACUCAUGACAUGAAAUCGAAGGCUUCAUCUGAGUGUAAGCAUAGAGAGGCAAAGGCUCAGUUUAGUGCAAAGAAUGAGGGUUUGGAACAUAGUGAUGGGAAACAUGUUGAAUGUUUUAUAGGGCUUAUUCUUGAUCAGUUGACUCAAAAUCUUCAGAAGUUUGAUCAACUUCUACAGGAAAGUAAUCGUAAGCACUGUGAAUGUCCACAGACUCCAUCUCCUCCCUCUCAGUUUGAUUACUUUAAAGUAGUGGCAAGCAUUUGGGAAGGUCAAAAAGCUGAUGUAAAUGGGUUUUUGGGAAAUUUGAAGUUUGCUAGAGUGGGAGGUGUUCCGUCAGGUAUGGUUGGAGUUGCUUCUCAUGUGAAUGAAGAGGGUGAUGAUGAUGUUAGUACCGAACGUAGGGAAGAAUCGACUGGUAAUUCCCCACAGAAACUGGCCAGUGGGAUUCUUAGCAUUCCUCUAUCAAAUGUGGAGCGUUUGAGAUCCACCUUAUCCACCGUCUCACUGACAGAAUUGGUUGAGCUUCUACCGCUUUUGGGCCGCUCUUCACAAGACCAUCCUGACAAGAAGAAAUUAUUCUCUGUGCAGGAUUUCUUCAGAUACACAGAGUCUGAAGGGAGGAGGUUCUUUGAAGAAUUGGAUAGAGAUGGUGACGGACAUGUAACUUUAGAAGAUCUUGAAGUUGCUAUGAGAAAAAGAAAAUUGCCACAGAGAUAUGCUCGGGAAUUCAUGCGCCGCACGAGAAGUCAUCUAUUUUCUAAAUCUUUCAAUUGGAAGCAGUUUUUGUCUUUGAUGGAACAGAAGGAGCCAACUAUUCUUCGAGCUUAUACUUCUCUCUGUUUAAGCAAGUCUGGGACCCUCCAGAAAAGUGAAAUAUUGGCCUCACUUAAAAAUGCUGGACUUCCUGCAAAUGAAGACAAUGCUGUUGCUAUGAUGCGAUUUCUGAAUGCAGACACUGAAGAAUCUAUUUCAUAUGGACACUUCCGCAAUUUUAUGCUUCUGUUGCCUUCUGAUCGCCUACUUCAAGAUGACCCUCGGAAUAUCUGGUUUGAAGCUGCAACUGUUGUUGCUGUUGCACCACCUGUGGAAAUACAUGCUGGAAGUGUUCUUAAAUCCGCGUUGGCUGGGGGUCUUUCAUGUGCACUCUCCACAUCUUUACUGCACCCAGUUGAUACUAUAAAGACUCGAGUUCAAGCAUCAACGCUUACCUUCCCUGAAAUUAUUUCAAAGCUUCCACAAAUUGGAGUACGGGGGUUAUAUCGGGGUUCAAUCCCUGCAAUUCUUGGACAGUUUUCAAGCCAUGGCCUGCGAACAGGAAUAUUUGAAGCAAGUAAACUUGUACUGAUCAAUGUUGCUCCAAACCUCCCAGACAUCCAGGUUCAAUCCAUGGCAUCAUUCUGCAGUACACUUUUGGGAACAGCGGUGCGGAUUCCUUGUGAGGUACUAAAGCAGCGUUUGCAAGCUGGUCUUUUUGACAACGUUGGAGAAGCUAUUGUUGGUACUUGGAACCAAGACGGUCUAAAAGGUUUUUUCCGUGGGACUGGAGCCACUCUCUGCCGUGAGGUGCCAUUCUAUGUUGCUGGAAUGGGCCUCUAUGCUGAAUCCAAAAAGCUUGCCCAACAACUUCUUCAACGGGAACUGGAACCAUGGGAAACUAUUGCCGUUGGAGCUGUAUCUGGAGGGUUAGCUGCCGUUGUCACUACACCUUUUGAUGUCAUGAAAACUAGAAUGAUGACUGCUCCAGGGGGCCGACCCAUAUCUAUGUCAGUGGUAGCCUUUUCUAUACUCCGUCACGAGGGACCUCUUGGUCUGUUUAAAGGAGCAGUACCCCGGUUUUUCUGGAUUGCUCCCUUAGGCGCCAUGAACUUUGCCGGCUACGAGUUGGCAAAGAAAGCCAUGGUAAAAAAUGAAGAGGAUCAACUGUCCCAAAAGAAAUUGGCUAAAAUCUGAGUAAGGCUAAAAAUCCUUCCAAAAGACCUCUGGAUUUUUUUGGUUAGAAAAUUUUGUGCACUUGGGGUAUAGUAGCAAGUUCUUCAAAUUUAAUUUGUUGACAACACCUUUUUCUUUUGGGGUAAAAGACAUGUAAUUUUUGUUGCAGUUUACUACUCAUUUUUGUAACCUUACUUGACUUUGUUUUUGAACUAUAUAUUUAGUAUAUGCCGGUGCCAAGGAUGAUUGGUUGAUGGGCUUUUAGGUUA